AUGUCGCCUGCAGCAUGUAGAUCGCCAGAUGCGAGUCAUCCCUUCAAGUCGCGACCUGAUAUUGUCGCGCCACGACUGGACAUCACGCUGCGCAAUGGCAACCUUCUAAGCCCAGGACUAUAUUUUCUUGCGCCUUUCAAGGGUUACGUGUCAACGCCGAUGAUAUUCGACAACAAUGGGGAUCUAGUUUGGAGCGGCAGUGAUGCGUACGCCGGCACAGAGGGACCUGGUCCCCAUGUCUACGAUUUUCACACUUGCAACUUUGAGAAAUCGACACACAUAUGCAUGCUGCGCGGUUUCAACGACCAAGGUUUCGCUAGGGGCCAAGGAAUCAUUCUCGAUGCUCAUUAUCAGCCAGUGAAGCACGUUUCGGGUAGUGGCGUCGCGACUUCAUGCGAUCUUCACGAGUUUACCACAACCGAGUCUGGGGAAACGGCUCUUAUCACACAGUACCGACGACGGCUACACGACGCUAGUCGACUGGCCGAGGGCCAUGGCAUGAUCUGGUUGCUCGAGGGCGUCUUUCAAGAGAUUGACAUCAAGUCAGGCCGCGUGCUGUUCGAAUGGAGAUCUUUGGAUCACGUCGACCCGACCGAAAGUCUGGUUCGCCUAACGACGGGGUCCCGCUCAAACCCGUGGGAUUAUCUUCACCUGAAUUCCGUAGAGAAACUACCCGACGGUAACUACCUUGUCUCAGGGAGGCAUCUCUCAACUGUUUUCAAGAUUUCCAGCCGCGAUGGUAGUAUCAUCUGGCGUCUGGGGGGGAAGCAAUCGACGUUUGCAGGAAUGGACCCGGCAUUUGUUUUCCAACAUCAAGUUAAGGUGCUGGCAGAUGACGGAAAAGUCACGAGACUGUCAAUGUUCGACAAUGCUCGACGCCCGGCCUUCAAACCAGAACGGCCGUCAAAAGGCCUGAUCAUCCAACUAGACCAUUUGUCGAGGACAGCGCAGAUAGAGAAACAGUACUCUGGACCGGGUGUAGAGUACACUGCAAAGAUCGCUGGCAGUACUCACGUCCUUCCGAACGACAAUGUUCUUGUUGGAUUCGGCGACGCUGGUUGUUUUGCAGAAUACACCAAAGACGGGACACCCGGUCUCAAAGCCUGUAUAGGUGACGUCUCGGUUGGUACCCUAUACCGCGUGUACAAGAGUGAAUGGGUGGGUAGACCGCUGAAUGAGGUUGCAAUAGUCUCAUUCUCGAGGACGAAUACGUCGUCAACCGCUUUUUAUAUUAGCUGGAACGGUGCUACUGAGGUGAAGAGAUGGCGGGUUCUUGGGGCGCUGGAUCCAGACGGGCCAUUCUCCGACGUUGUCCACGCGCCGAAAAAGGGGUUCGAAACCACCAUCACGACGGCGAACCAUGUUGCAAAGGCGUAUGUGGAAGCUCUUUCAGCCACAGAUGAAGUACUUGGAAAGUCUGCCGUUGUCACAACAUUCGUGCCCUCCAAGGCUGUCGUUGAUCAGUGUGACGACUUGUGGUGUGCUGAGCCACGGCAAUGCAUGGCGGCAGCUGCGAAUGCGCCAAGCGCCCCCAGCACUCAUCAGAGAACUCUGGGUUUCUCAAACGAUUGGCAACAAAUUCCUUUCGUACAAGCUUGUCUUAUAAACCUAAUGGUCACUCUAACCCUGGUUCUACUUUUGAGAUAUGCCCGUGGUCGAUCCAGGAUCGUCUCUAGAAUUGCUGGAUGGUAA